AACGCUGCAGCAGACCACAGACUUCUCACCACAACACCACACAACACACUCACACACGCACGCACACACAUACAACUAGAGGAUGAGAGAGGCAGAGGUGUAACCAGGAGAAGCACCGUCAAGAUAAAGGAAAGCCACUCUUUUGUCUCCAUGGACACUCAACUUCCUCCAAGCAGUUCUUAGUCUGUGUAGCGCAGUAGUGGGAUCUUGCCAUCCACUUAAUAAUUCAUCAGGUCGGUCUCUGAGCUUUGAGCCUGCAGCGCUCACCAACUUUACCUUCUCUAACUUUUGCACAGCAGCAGACGGCUGUUUCAGCAAUUUUCCUUUUAUAUUUUAAACUGUUGGCACAGAGGCAGAGGAAAACAGGUUUAAGCACUUUGUGUGCAUCUUAUGUGUGUUUAUGAGUGUGUGUAUGAGGAGAGUGGGUGAAAGGUGUGUGUGUGUUGUCUGGAAAGAGGGCAUCCUGCUCAUCUCAUUCUUGGACUUGGAACCCAUUGUUAAAAUCGCAGCUCUUGUGGGACUAAACGAGCAAGAGGCUGUGUGAGAAGCACUCUGGAGGCCAAGGAAAGGCUCGUAUGGAACUUACAUCUCGUCUGUGAGCACCGCUGGUGAAAGCAGUGUUUAGGCUGUUGAAGGGGCAGACUGUGCACCCUUGGAUUCUCAGUCAUCAUGGCUGGCUGUUCCAGCCGCUGCAGACAGGGUGUGCUAAAGCUCAUUCAGUCCCUUCAGAGGCUUGUCUCAGGAACCCUCAGCAAAGAUAAUAUAGAUGAUGAAUUAGAGAUGACAAUGGUCUCCCAUCGGCCGGAGGGUCUUGAGCAGCUUGAGGCGCAGACAAACUUCACCAAACAAGAGCUACAAGUUCUUUACAGAGGCUUCAAAAAUGAGUGUCCAAGUGGAGUGGUGAAUGAAGAGACAUUUAAACACAUUUAUGCACAGUUUUUUCCACAUGGAGGUACUUUAAAAAAAGAGAAAUCCUUAAAUAUUACAUGCUUCUUACAAUUACAACAGCUACAUUUUAGAGAAUUAAAGUGUUUAAUGUUUUCAUCUGUUGUCAUUGCUGUACCAGAUGCCAGCACAUAUGCACAUUAUCUCUUCAAUGCAUUUGACACCAGAAAUAAUGGAUCCAUAAAGUUUGAGGACUUUGUGAUGGGACUAUCUACACUACUGCGGGGGACGGUCAGAGAGAAACUAGAAUGGACGUUUCAUCUCUAUGACAUUAACAAAGAUGGACUUAUCAAUAAGGAGGAAAUGACAGAGAUAGUGAGGGCCAUCUAUGACAUGAUGGGGAAGUACACGUAUCCGGCUUUAAAAGGGGAUGUACCAAAACAGCAUGUGGAUGCCUUCUUUGAGAAAAUGGACAAAAACAAAGAUGGAGUUGUAACAUUAGAAGAGUUCGUCCUUGCCUGUCAGGAGGAUGAAAACAUGAUGAGAUCCAUACAGCUCUUUGAAAAUGUGAUGUAGAGAAGAAGAAAAGAACACCCAAGAAUGCAAGAGGGAUUUUACGUUUAAAUGUAUAUUUGCUAUAUUUCACUGAACUGAGUUCUGGGGGAAUGAUGGCCAGAGAGGGAUGAGAGUCUGCUUUGUUUUUCCUCUCUUCCUCCUUCAGUUUUUGUAACAUAUUCCAUGUUUUUCUUGCUGGUGUUGUGGGAAAUUGCCAUCCCAGAACCCACUUUAAUCCAGCCAUGGAAUAAUAUGUUUGAAAGGCAUUUCCUUACUAGUGGGUGGUGAUGUUCAACGUCCAUCUUCCCUAUACAAAAAAGAAAGCCACUCAAGCUUUUUUCAUUUGCUUUACCCUAGAGCUCAGGAAUCUACAUUUGUUGUACUGGAACUGCAUUCAGGAGGAAAUACAGCCUUGCGUUCUUUGCCAAAAGAGCUUGCAUGAGAAAAGCCAGCAGAUUUGUUCCCGAUGAGUUGCUUGAAAAUAAUGCUUGCCUUCAAAAAAAAAAAAAAAAUCUAAUUUUAUGAUGUAUUUAUCUAUGACAUUGGGUUUAAAGGAUACUUAAUUGAAUGUUGAUUUUGUCUUGUGUUGUAACUGUUGUUUAUUAGCAAUUGGUGUUUCCAGUCCAACCGCUUAAUGUACAUUUCAGUACUUUCCAAGCCAUUUUUGCCCACCAGAUCUUAAUGAAUAAGGUGGGACAGAAGGUAAAAUUCUGUGUGUCUAAGUAUGGAAGUCAGGAAUAUUUAGGAAACUACUAAAUCACAACUGUAUUCAAACUCAACAAAUGACAAUCUAGUCCCUGGAUACCCUUCUAUCCCCAUACCUCUGCAUACUUUCAAGAAGGACAAAUAGAAGGAAGGAAAAAUAAUUAUUUAUGGGUCAGUGUCAGUCGGAAGACAUAUAAGCUAUUUAUAGGCUAUUCUUGCAAGUAUGGUGCCACAUGAAGAAAUGUCCGAUGAGGCAGAAAUAAACUGUGAAAACAAAGUAUCAGAAAUAUGCGGUGCAAUUCAUAUCGCUGUCAAAACCGAUUAAAAACAUUUGUGGAAUAACA